UUUUCUCCCACCGUAAUCCGCCCCCUUCCUCCCGUGCACGCGACCAUUUUGCCAAGACUUGAAAAAAUAAAAAUAAAAAUUAAAAAAUAAAAACGGCGGAAAAUCGAAAAAUUCCAACCUCUUUCGCACCCGUCGUCCCCUUCCUUCGCCACUCUCGCGCUCCCUCUCUCUCCUGCUCAACCAGCCGAGCCCCAGCCCAAUCCCUCGUCUUCAUCACUCUCAAGCGCACCAGGUUUUACAAAACCCUAAUCAUACUUCAUGGACCAAAACGAUGCGGCGCUCGACUUUGGCGCCGCCGACUUUCACCCUCACGUCAGUCAGCCCGGCCACGAGAUGCCAGCUCUUAACGAGGACGAGACACCGGAAACUCUGGCAGAACUUUCUAUUCAUUUCGAGGACGCCGAGUUCGGCGAGUCUCUGCGGGGAUCUCCCAAUACGGCCGACCCGCCUCUCUCCUCCUCUUCCUGUGAUGUAGCUCCAGUUUCUGAACCCGCGGGUGAAGUCGUAUCAAUUGAAGAGGUUUCCGCCAGUAUGGCUUUAGAUUUUGAGGCGAUGCAUGCUGUAGAUGAUAGCGUGGUGGCCGCGAUGGCAGAAACGGGUGAUACCGGCGGUAUCGCGAUUGAUGAAAACUCCACGAUGACGGUGGAAGUGGUAGACAGUGGCCCUGUAAAGCGGAAGCGAGGAAGGCCGCGUAAGAAUCCUGAAGCGAAGGCUGCACCACUGGUGAGGAAGAAGGAGCGGGAGGAUGUCUGCUUUGUUUGCUUCGAUCGGAGGAAUCCGAAUAUCGUGGCUUGUAACAGGAGGGGGUGUUAUAAAGCUUAUCAUGCUACUUGUGUGAAUCGGGACGAUGCAUUCUUUCGUUCAAAGGGAAAAUGGAACUGCGGUUGUCAUAUAUGCAGCACCUGUCAGAAAGCUGCUCACUAUAUGUGCUACACGUGCACAACAUCUUAUUGCAAAGAAUGCGUCAUUGAUGAAAGUAAAUACGUUUGUGUAAGAGGAAAUUGUGGAUUUUGUCAGAGUUGCCAUAAUACUGUUACACUGAUAGAGCAAAACAAGCUUGCUUUUGAGAAGGAUGGCUUGGAUUUUGAUGAUACAGAUAGUUUCACGUAUUUGUUUAAAGCUUAUUGGUUGGAUCGGAAAGUAAAAUUGUCAUUGACAUCUGAAGAGCUCAAUAAUGCCAGACAUCCAUAUUCUGUUGCUCCUGAUGAGGAUUCGUCUGAUGAAUUAUAUGAUGUUAAUGAGGAUCAGGGUUCUAGUUCCGAAGGUUCAGAUCAUAAGAGCAACAUCUUGUCAAAGAAGAAAGUUAGAAGUCGUUCGCAGGCCAUUCCUGUUGACAAAAAUCCUGAAAUAGCAGUUGAUCAAGGGACAUCAAUGCCUCAGGAAACUGGUUGGGCUUCAAUGGAGCUCUUGGAGCUUGUGGGUCACAUGAGGAAUGAAGAUCAAUCUUUUAUAUCUCAAUUUGAUGUUCAGGCACUUCUCCUUGACUAUAUAAAGAAAUAUAAUCUUAGAGAUCCUCGCAGGAAAAGUCAAAUUAUUUGUGAUUUGAGACUUCGAAACCUUUUUGGGAAAGAUAGAGUAGGUCAUUUUGAAAUGCUGAAACUGCUUGAAUCACAUUUUCUUUCAAAAGAGGUACCGCAAGUAGUGGUAGAUGGCAAUCAGGUGGAAACUUCAGAUACUGAUAAUAAACUUACUGAUGAUGUUGAAGAAGGUGACACAUUUUCAAAAGUAGUUUCUGACAAGAGACGGAAAAACCGUAAAAGAAUUGAGGAGAUAGAACCACAGAUGAAUGUUGAUGAUUUUGCGGCAAUUGAUGUUCAUAACAUAACUCUUAUUUUCCUGCGCCGAAGCUUACUGGAGGAUUUGCUUGAUGAUAUGGAAACAUUUAAUGAUAAAGUUGUUGGCUCCUUUGUGCGAAUAAGGAUAUCUAAUGCUGGUCAAAGACAAGACUUGUACAGACUGGUGCAAAUUGUUGGAACACAGGAAAGUUCAAAACCAUAUAAGGUUGGUAAGAAGACAACAGAUAUUUUAUUGGAGAUAUUAAAUUUGAACAAGAAAGAGACUUCAACAAUUGAUAGUAUUUCAAAUCAGGAUUUUACUGAGGAGGAGUGCCAACGAUUGAGGCAAAGCAUUAAAUGCGGGCUUAUUGAUCGACUAAAACUGGGCUACAUUCAGGAGAAGGCCAAGGUUCUUCAUGCAGUGAGAGUCAUUGACUCAAUUGAAACUGAGAAGUUACGGCUUAGCCACCUCCGUGAUCGUGCAAGUGAAACAGGUCGCAGAAAAGAGCUUAGAGAGUGUGUAGAAAAGUUGCAGCUUCUGAACAAUCCAGAUGAGCGCCGAAGAAGAUUGAAUGAAGUGCCUCAAAUACAUGCUGAUCCAAAGAUGAAUCCAGAAUAUGAGUCUUCGGAAGAAGAGGAAGGUGAUAAAAAUCAAGAUUACCAGAAUCGAUCAAAGGAAGCUUUAUCCCUGAGAAAGAAAAGGGAGUUAGUUCCUCGCGGAAGAGCUGGUACUGUAAGAAAUAACUGGAAUGGUAUGCAUAGAAGUCCAACUUACAAUUGUGAAACAAGCAGAAAAAUUCAGGGUGAAGUUUGGCAAGAUAGAUCGGACAUAUAUAACAGUACGGCUGAAAGACCAAAUGAAAUUCUUCUGAAUCAAAGCAAAGAGACGUAUCAUUCUGAGGCCAGUUUUACUGGUCUUCAGACUCCAAAUCCUGGCAACUAUGCUCCAAAAUCUUUUGGACAGCAGUCACAUGGUUCUGUUCCUGAAAUUAACUCGGCGAACCACCCUGAAGUUUUAUUGCCAUCUAUAACAAAUGAGGCCGACAAGAUUUGGCACUACCAAGACCCAUCCAUGAAUAUCCAGGGACCAUUUUCAAUAUCACAGUUGCGCAAGUGGAAUACUACUGGCUAUUUCCCACCUGAUAUGAGGGUAUGGAGAACUUCUGAGAAGCAGGAAGACUCCAAAUUAUUGGCGGAUGUACUAGCUGGAAGAUUUUAUAAUGACCCACCGCAGCAGGUCACUCAGCAUGGCAGCUUUUCACAUCAGCUUGCAUGGGCUGAAAGGCAGCAGACCAGAGGCAAUUGGAAUGCACUUCAAAAUAUCAAGCAAACAACUUUAGAUGUUUUGCCUCAGCCACCACCUGUUUGGUCUGUACCUGGGGUUGAAGUGUCUAAUUCUUCUGAGGGAAAGCCAGGCAUAUAUUCUAGCCCCUGGUCCAGCAACCCUAAACCUACUGGCCCAAUAUACAAUAAUCCAUAUCAAUUUCCGGUGAUCCUCCAAGAAGCUGGGAGAGGAGGAAAUGGCAGCGGAUGGAACCAGGAACAGGAUCAUGGGAAUAUUUGGAGUCCAACUAGGCCUACGGUUGGGAUGCCUAGUAAAACUCCAAUGGUUGAAGCCAAUCAUACUUUAGAACCCUCCAUUGUUUCUUCUAUUCCCAGCACCAAUGAGCAAAUUUGUCGAAUGAAAAAAUAUCAAUCCUAUGAAACUGACUGCCCAAGUCCGACUCCUACAACUGAGAGGAAUGAAUCGUUAUUACGGCAGGAUGAACUAGGUUCUACCAAGAAUUGUCCUGCAACACUGGAUGGACUGAGUGGCAACAUGGCACUUAAUCAUGGGCCUGCUGCUGCUCCAUCUGGAAUACUGGACUCUUCUCAUCCUGCUCAUCCUGCUCAUCCUGCUCAUCCUGCUCAUCCUGCUCAUCAUUCAAUUAUUAACUUUGAAUCAUCAAAUACAGCUUCGGCUGUGGGUUUGACAGACAAAAUUCCAUGUAAUGGAAUGCAAAAGAUGGACAACGCAAAAUCUGAGUUACCAAACAAUCUUUCUCCAAUUGCUACUAAUGAUGAUAUAGGCAGCGGGCAAUCUCAAAACCCUAUGCUGAACUAUUCACCCAUUCAUCAAGCGAACCCACAAAAUGCGAGCGAAAUGGAGUCUUCCCUUCCAUCUCCUACGCCCAAGAGCAGUAAGAGUACUUGGGGAAUAGAUACUCCCAGCUCAUCCAGUAAUGUAUCCUCUCAAAACCAAAACCUACAGACGAUACAAAAUGCUACUUCAUCUUGGGGUGUGGCACUGCAAGGAAAUGCAGGCUGGGGCGCACCGUCCUAUGCGAAUGCCAAUGCAAGUACAGGUUGGGGGGCAGCAACUGCUCAGGGAAAUCCAAAUCCCAAUACUAGUUGGGGUGCACCAAUUCAGGCGAAUAGAAAUGCGAAUAUUGGCUGGGGGUUACCUGUUCAAUUGAAUGCGAAUACAAAUACGGGAUGGGGGGCUCCGUCUCAGGGUAUUGCAAAUCCCAAUGAUGCUAGUGCAAGAGCUGGCUGGGGAUCAGCAUAUGGGAGUCGAAAUGGGGGCUGGAAAUCAUCCGAUAGAGAUACAAGCAGACGCUCCGUCUAUGAAGUUCGCAAUGGAGAUGGUUUCUCUCGACACAGAGACAGAGAUACUGGUCGUCGUGGUGGGAAUGAUUAUAGGAAUAACCAGUUGCAGUCAGGUGGAAGGGGAGGUCCAUCAUGGCCCCAUCAAGCUUCUGCUGGUGGGGACGGACAGAGAGGAGUGUGCAAGUUUUAUGAUAGCGGACACUGCAAGAAGGGGAGAUCGUGUAAAUAUUUGCAUGAUGAUCUAAGGAGAGACAUUUGAUAGCCUUCUUGUACAGUAUUAUUAACUUUGAUCGGCUGCAGGCAUGAAAGCUUUGCUUUGUUUUAUCAUGUAAGUUUAGGUAACUUUUUUCUGCAUGUUUCUUUAAUAUUCUCUUAGCUUCUCUAUUUUUCUCAUGUAUCAGUAGUUAAUAAGAUAUGCAGAGCUUUUCCACACUUAAUAGUAGCUUUUUAACUUAUUGAAAAAUAUUGUGGUUGGCAAUAUCAAUGCAUCAUGAAAGAUAGUUCAUGCUCAUGUGCCUGACCAAAAUGUCUCAAGCUACACACUCCAUUGUAGCUGGUUGUUAAAUGAUCCGAGAAAAGUUGUAAAACGUCCUAUAAUUUAUUGAAGUGUC